AUGACAGAGAAACGUAAUGAAAUAAAAAAUAAAAUCUCUGAAUUAUUAGUUAAAACUGGUGAACGUGAAAGAUUACGUGAAUUUGUUGAAAAUAAACUAAUUGAAACUGGUUGGAAUGAAAAAGUUAAACAAGCCUGUAAAGAUUAUAUACGCACAAAAGGUGUGGAUAAUAUCACUGUAGAAGAAGUUGUCCAAGCGAUAACACCAUCAGCCCGACAAACUGUACCAACUUCAGUGAAACAGGAUGUUUUAGAAUUAUUAAGAAAAUUUCUUGUUCAACAUGAUAUUGAUGUUUAA